CAAUCUUUCAACUACCUCUCGACUCAACCACUUUUUGUUUUGAAAGUCGACUUUACUGAGUUAUCUUGGUAAUUUUUGAGAUUCGAUAAAUUGUCUGACUUGAAAGAUUCAGCAAUAUGUCAAACUUGUUUUCAGGAAUAAGUGGCCGCUUUCGUGGUAGUGGUAAGAGUUCUGGCGCAAAGAGUCCGGGUGGACUUAACGGAGUUUCGCCAACCUCUCCUACAGGCAAUUCCCCCGUCAAUUCUUCGUCACCCGCCAACAUGGCACCCCGCAUCUCGCCACUCCCCAACUCGCCUUCGCUCUCACAAACAGUGUCUAUGGAUGAUCAGCAAGCCCCCCCUGCAGGCAAUGAUCCACUAGCCGCCUACAACCUUCCUCGCCCGAAGCCACUCUGGCUUAAUAAUGCUUAUGCUAAGCACAUUGUUAAGGGUAAUUUUAUGACAUUGUCUGCUCGCCCAAAGACAGUUGAGCCUGGAGAGUGGAUUGCCCAUCAAGUGGUUGAACAUUAUCGUAUCUUGUGGAACUUUGUUCGGGUAAUUCAUGAAAAAGAAGAAGAUGGUAACACCAUUUGUAACCCCCAGACUUGCCCCCGCAUGUCUGCUGGCGCAAACCACUCUUUCACAUGGUUGAACUCACGUAGAGAGCCUGUCGAAGUACCGGCCCACGAGUACAUCUCCCUCAUGCAGCGCUGGAUCUCUGGAAAGAUCGAUAAUACCGCAAUUUUCCCCACUGAUCCUGCCGGAAUCUCAUACUGUCACAACAGUGCCGGUCCUGAAAUUGCUGGCUCGACUUAUGCUUCUGGUGGAGUCAACACACCUGGUUCAAACACACCCAUUCCCGCUGGCCCAACCACACUCACAACCUCUCUCUCUCAACUCGCCGGAGCUGGUGAUUGGAUCGGCAAGAGCAGUGGAUUUCCACAAGAAUUUGUUGAUGUAUGCCAAACCAUCUUUAGACAAAUGUUCCGAGUCUAUGCUCAUCUCUACUGGGGACACUUCAUUGAGCCUUUCUACCAUCUCAACCUCGACAAGCACAUGAAUAGUUGCUUUAGUCACUUUGUUUUGACAGCAACCGAGAUUGACAUGUUAAAGCCACAUGAAUUGGAGCCCAUGCAACCAUUGAUUGACCUCUGGGCUGCCAAUGGAACAUUUCCACCUGAGUCUAAGGCUUACGCUUGUGCAAAUCUUAAGGCUGGAGAGAGACUUCUUCAAGCUGCCGGUUAAUAAGAUCGCUGCAGGUCACUACAAGCAUACAGGCGUUUAGGAAAGCGAUUUGAUAGAAGGGUUCAUGAUGUGCUUGACGAUUGCAUAUGAAAGCUUCUUAUUUUUGCGAGAUAUCUCAAAGAUUGAUGGCAUGGUUCUGCAUGGUUAUGUUUUGGGCUGGCGUUCCUGUUUUUUUUAAAUUUUUUUUUUAAGAAUAGUGCCCAGGUUUUUAAACUUGAUGUUUCACAUGUAAAUGCGCUCUAGCAUUAUGCAGAAAAUGAUAAAUAUUAUUCAAAAAA